CGCUCACGGAGCGCCGUCGGCACCGCCGCUGGGGCAGCCCCCGCAUAGAAAAUGGCGCGGAUAGAAACGGCAAUGAGCCCCACGACGGAGGACGAGGACAGCCCCGCGCGCCGUUUAACUCUAGGCCUGCCGAACGCCCGCUUCUCGGACCUGGGAGCGUCGGCCGGAGCGAGCACGCCCCAGAGCCCGGCCUGGCCCGAUCAGCUGUGUGAGCAGUACGAUAUCCAGAGGGUUAUAGGGAGGGGCGCGUCGUCGCAAGUCUUCGCCGCGACGCAUAAGAGCAGUGGAGAAAAACGAGCAGUGAAGCGCAUCUACAAGCCCAAGUGCUGCCGGACGGCGCGCGCUACUAGACGACUGCGGGACGAGGUCCGCGUUUUGUCGCAGAUACGACAUCGACAUAUCGUGGAGAUGCGCGAGGUCUUCGAAACGCCUUCAGAGCUGUUUGUGGUCAUGGAGCGCUGCGAGGGCGGGGAAUUGUUCGAUCGCAUCGUGGCCAAAGGUUCAUUCAGUGAAGCGGAAGCUGCUACCGUGAUGCGGCAAUUACUCAGUGCGUUGGCCGACUGCCACCGACGGGGCGUCUUGCACCGUGAUGUCAAGCCAGAGAACUUACUACUAACGUCCAGCGAAGGGUGGGAGCUCAAACUCUCAGAUUUUGGGUUGGUGAAGACUUUAUCUGAUAUGGAUGAAUUUAGCGAAGAGGAAAUUGUCAGUCCUGAUAGCAUAGAUGAGACGGCGCAGCGGUUUCGACGAGCCGAGACGCAUACGCUGUGCGGUUCACCGUAUUACAUGGCUCCCGAGGUCUGCGGGAGAGAAAAGUACGGCCCUGCUGUUGAUGUUUGGAGUUCAGGUGUGGUGCUGUUCAUCUUAUUGACGGGAGCCCCGCCCUGGGAGCGGCCGCCGCAGUUCGGCUCCGCGCCCGACCUCGAUGUCGGGAGAGAUCUAGGACAUGUCUCGUCGGACGCCGUCGACUUGAUCCUAAGGAUGCUCCGGCCGUUCCCGGGCGAUCGCUGCACGGCCCAGGAAGCUUUAUCGCAUUCAUGGUUCAAGCGCGAGGAGCGGAAUCGAUUAUCGUCACCUCGAUACGCGCCGCAGCUCAAACUUUUCCAAGAGAAGCGGAAACGACGGCGCGACUCCGCGGCAUUGGACCUCACGCCGAUGAACCGCGCGCUGCCGCACAUCGACAAGCGCGGGAGGUCGGACGACUCCAAAGAACCCCCUCUAGAGUACGACACGCUGUCGUCCGACGGUUCUGACUACGGCGGCGACGAGCCGCCGCAUCUAUUGAAUAGAGACGACUCCCUGUCCAUGGACAACGACUUCUCCUGACAAGUAUAUAAGGAGCUUUUUGUUAGUAUAAA